GACUGUGAGUGAGGGGAGCUGAUUAACAGGCUGUGCUGGCUUCUUUGAAGGCACAUUCUGUGACUCCUCAACAUAGUGUCACCUGAGGAAACAUCCCAAACCCCGAUCAGGACCAGGACCAAAUGGCUGCUUCUCAGGGACCGUUGACCUUCAGGGAUGUGGCCAUAGAUUUCUCUCAGGAGGAGUGGGAAUGCCUGGACGCAACUCAACAGAAAUUAUACAUGGAUGUCAUGUUGGAGAACUACAGCAACCUGGCUUCUCUGGCUACAUCAUCUAAAGAUAACCAGGCCUUUAUGCUAAAGCCCGGAGUACAUGAUUUAUUCUCUGAAAUAAUACUGAGUACACAUAAUGGAGAUAGCAGUUAUCAAUGGAAUGAACAGUGGAACAACUUUAAGCAAGAGUCACAUCUUAAUCAUCGGACAAGUGAGCUUGCAGAGGACCGUUGUAAAAGUGGAAAAGUAUUUGACCAAAUGUCCAAUCACAAUAUAUGUCAGGUUUUUCCUAUUGUGGAGAAGACACACAAAGGAAGUAAAUGUAUCCAGUCUUUUCAGCAGUCUUCAAAUUACAGUGAACAAGAGAAUGUACAUGCUACGGAGGAGGCUUACAAAUGGAACCCGUGUGGGAGAGUCUUCAGUCUAAUAUUCAAUCUAAAUAGACGCAAAAAAGUUCAUAGUGGAGAAAAACCUUAUACAUGUAAAGAUUCUGUUAAAACGUCUAUUUGGCCUUCAGGUUGUACUCUAAAUCAGACAGUUCAUACUGGAGCAAAGCCUUGCAAAUGUAAAUCAUGUGGCAAAGCCUUUAAAUAUCAUUCAUCUCUUAUUAUACAUAAGGCAAGAUUUCACACUAUAGCAACAUUUUGCAAACUCAGGGAAAAUGGAAAAGACUUUAGUCAGUCCUCAAGACAUACCCAACAUCAUACAAAUAAUAUUCAAGAAAAGUCUUAUAAAUGCUCAGAAUGUGGCAAAAUCUUUAGUCGGCCCUCAAACCUUAUUCUUCAUCAAGGAAUUCACACUAGAGAGAAACCUUAUAAAUAUAGAGAAUGUGUCAAAGCCUUUAACAACCAUACAGUUCUUACUAAUCAUCAUAGUGUUCAUACUGAAGGUAAGCCUUAUAAAUGUAGAGAAUGUGGUAAAGCAUUCCUCCACACCUCAAACAUGUUUCGACAUCAGAAAGUUCAUACUGGAGAGAAGCCUUAUAAAUGUACAAAAUGUGGCAAAGCAUUCAGUGAAUCCACAAACCUUAAUCGACACCAGAGAAUACAUACUGGAGAGAAGCCUUAUAAAUGUACAAAAUGUGGAAAAGCAUUCAGUGAGUCUGCAAACCUUAACCGACAUCUGAGAGUUCAUACUGGAGAGAAGCCAUAUCAAUGUAGAGAAUGUGACAAAGCCUUUAGCCGGCCCUCAACCGUUACUAUUCAUCAGAGAAUUCACACUGGAGAGAAACCUUAUGAAUGUAGAGAAUGUGGCAAAUCCUUUACCAGCCAUGCAGGUCUUACUAAACAUCAAGGUGUUCAUACUGAGGAUAAACCUUAUAAAUGUAGAGAAUGUGGUAAAGCAUUCCUUCAUGCCUCGAACAUGAUUCAACAUCAGAAAGUCCAUACUGGAGAGAAACCAUACAAAUGUAGAGAAUGUGGCAAAGCAUUUAGCGAUUCCUCCUCCCUGAAUAAACAUCACAGAGUUCAUACUGGAGAGAAACCUUAUAAAUGUAGUGAAUGUGGCAAAGCCUUUAGCACUUCCUCCUCCCUUAAUAAACAUCACAGAGUUCAUACUGGAGAAAAGCCUUAUAAAUAUAGAGAAUGUGGCAAGACCUUUAGGCAGUCCGAAUCCCUUAGUUAUCAGAGAGUUCAUACUGGAGACAAGCCUUAUAAAUGUAGAGAAUGUGGCAAAGUAUUUAGCCAAUCCUUCUGCCUGAAUCGUCAUCAGAGAGUUCAUACUGGAGAGAAGCCUUAUAAAUGUAGAGAAUGUGGCAAAGCCUUUAGAUAUUCGUACUCCCUUAAUAUACAUCAGAGAGUUCAUACUGGAGAGAAGCCUUAUAAGUGUACAGAAUGUGGUAAAGCCUUCAGUGAUUCCUCAAAACUUAUUCGCCAUCAUAAAAUUCACAGUGGAGAUAAGGCUUAUAAAUGUAGAGAAUGUGGCAAAGCCUUUAUCCGGUCCUCACACCUUACUUAUCAUCAGAGAGUUCAUACUGGAGAGAAGCCUUAUAAAUGUAGAGAAUGUGGCAAAGCCUUCAAUGAGUCCAAAAGACUUAAUAUACAUCAGAGAGUUCAUACUGGAGAGAAGCCUUAUAAAUGUAGAGAAUGUGGCAAAGCCUUUACAUCUUCCUCUUCCCUUAAUCUACAUCAGAGAGUCCAUACUGGAGAGAACCCUUAUAAAUGUAGAGAGUGUGGCAAAGCCUUUAGAUGGUCCUCACAACUUACAAAGCACAAGAAAGUUCAUACUGGAGAGAAGCCACAUGAAUGAAGAGAAUGUGGCACAUCAUUGGCAGCUCCUCAAACCUUACUGCAUAUCAGAGAAGUCAUACUGGAGAGGAGCCUUAUAAAUGUGAAAAUGUAACAAAGCCUUUAAUGAGUGUUCCUGCCUUAUUGUACAGCAGAGUUCAUACUUGAGAAAAGUAUUACAGAUAUGAGGAGUGUCAAAAGCCCUUGACCAGCAGUGAGAAGUUAUAGAAUGUCAGAGAAUUUUGACUGCAAACAAGCCUUAUGAAUAUGAAAAAUGUAGUGAAGCCUUAAAAGUCAUGCAUGUAUUACUGCACAUGAGAGACUUCAUACUGCAGAAGAAAACUUUCAAAUGUAGAGCAUGUGCAAGAUCCUGUACUUUUGGAAGCUACCCACUGUCUUCACUAUUAGAAAAGUCUAAACAAGGAGCCUGGAACAUGGUUCAACCUUGAGCCCUGGCAAGGGCCAGAGUUAUGCACCGAUUGUUUAAUCGAGACAAUGGGGGCUCAAGCUAUUUCCUGACCAAAUAGUCUCAGAGUAAAUCUUUACUAAUAUUUACUGACCUUUAAGAUAGUCUGUCUGUUACCGGAAUUGCCUGCCUGACCAAGGGAUAUAUGUGUAUCCAAAAUUGAAUAAAAGGUUGGCAAGGCCUGGUCACCAUUUUAAGUCCUUCCCCUUGUGUUGGACUUUCCGCCUGGCUCCCAAUAUUUCCAAAUUAUUACUUCUUGUCUCAUCUCUGUCAUUUUCACGUGGCCCUUCUUCAGAUCCUGAACCCUGAAACCACAUCGGACGUGGCUCGCACACUGUACCAAGAGAUCAAAUUUUACUGGAUAUCAGAGACUUUUAUAGUGCAGGAAAUUCUUACACUGUAAAAAUUUGAGAAAUCACUGGCUGGCUUGCGUCAGUGGUUUAGCUUGGAUAUAUGAACCAGGAGGCCAGAGUGCAAUUCAUGCUCAAGGCACAGGCCCUGAUUGGUGGCUCAAUUACAGUUGUGGGUCAUUCAAGAGCCAGCCGAUCAGUGAUUCCCUCUCAUCAUUGAUGUUUCUAUAACCCCAACUACUUUCCUUUCUGUGUUACAACAAUGGCAUCUAAACUUCUUUCUCCACAUCAGCCCUUCAGGCCCCUGUAGCUUCUGUUCAGUACUUUGGAAUUUUACUAAUGAUGUAACUAACAUCAGAAUUUGGCAAAUAUUUGCUUUACAUUCAGGAAGCUCACCAUUGAAUUUUUAUGCUGGAUUCUAAAGUUUUGAAUAUUAUUAAUUUUUGGAAUAUAAUAAAUUGGCUUCUGUGUACUUUAUAACUGGAA